CUUUGCAAGGCGGCCGUCGCUUUGCCGGGGCGAGGGCCGCGAUGGCAGCGGGGGGGAAGGUAGUGUCGCCCCCAUACCCGCCCGCUGGGCUGGCCGGCGAGAGCAGCGUGAGCAGGGUCAGCUUUCUGGGGGCUCGCUUGCCCCCCGAGGUAGAAGCGAUGGCCAAGAGCGUUCGGGAGCUGAGCAAGGAGACCUUCCGGAAGCUCCUCAAAGUCGCUGUCAGCGCACUGGAAGGAAAAGACUGCAGAGACGCAGUGAACUUGAUUGCUGAGAGUGCCGGUCUGUCUGAUGAACAGCUUGCUGUCCUCAUUUCGGGCAUGUACACACUGCUCCGAGAGGCUCUGAGGCUCCCCUUGUCCUCCCUCAAGCAAGAAGUUUUCAAAGAAGACCUGAAGGAACUUAGGAUUCCAGAAGAUUUCAUUGCAGACUUUGCCACUGUAGCCUUUGGGAACAGGAGACCUGCUCUUGAAUCCACUAUGCAGAAGCAGGGCAAUAAGCUGCCAAGAAUUGAUGAUUUCAAGUGGCGGGUGGAUGUGGCCAUUUCUACCAGCUCCUUGGCUCGCGCCUUGCAACCGUCUAUCUUAAUGCAGCUGAAGCUUUCAGAUGGGUCAGCUCGUCGCUUUGAAGUGCCAGUUGCAAAAUUUCAGGAAUUAAGAUACAACAUUGCUCUGAUUCUGAAAGAGAUGAAUGACUUGGAAAAAAGGAGCAUUCUCAAGAUUCAGGACUGAACAUUUCCUGUUAAAUAUUCAGGAUUUGAAAGAAGACCUGAGAAGGAUUGUUUAAAAAGAAAGGCAAAAGAUGAAACUCCUGUUUUGUAAUUAAUGUACUGUUACAUAACAUUUUCUGAUGCAAGCUGUAAAUCUUGCUCAGUUCGUAUGUGAAAAGCUACAGCUGAGUGUUUUUUUAUUUAAUUUAUAUAUAUAUAAAACCAAUUCUGCAUCUAAAUGACGAUGCGAAGCAUUA